UCUUCAUCGCUAAGAUCAUCUAUGUCGUCAUUUUCCAUGCUGUUUCCUUUACCAAAAGUCGGUUAACUCAAAGUCUAUAUAAACAUCCUUUUCUUCAAUCAUCAAUUCAUCUCAAUUUCAAUUUCAAAUUCAAAUUCAUCAUGGAGUGCAGAACCUUAGACAUCACACUAAUCUCCGCAAAGGGCCUGAAGAAAGCCAGUCUGAUCGGCAAAAUGGAUGUUUACGCUCUCGUUUACAUCUCCGGCGCUGCCAACACUCAGAAGCUCAAAACCCCGGUUCACAAAGACGGCGGUUCCGACCCCUCAUGGAAUUUUCCAAUGAAGUUCACCGUUGAUGAAGCCGCCGGAUUACAGAACCGUCUUACUCUUGUUGUGGAGAUUAAACACGACGGGACUUUUGGCGAUAAGGACGUUGGACUCGCCCAUGUCCCGAUUAAAGAGUUGUUAGACGGAUUAUCGAAAGACGGGACGUCCGAGAAGCAAGUUAGUUAUCAAGUUAGGACUCCCUCCGGAAAGCAGAAAGGGAGUCUGAAUUUUUCGUAUAAGUUUGGGGAGAAGUUUACUGCAAAGGCGGUGGAGGAGGCGGUUACUGCUUAUCCUGCUGGUAUGGCUGUUGGUUCAAGUUCUGGAUACCAACAGCCAUAUGUUGCUGCGCCUGGUGGGUAUUACCCACCAGGCGCUGCUGGCGGAUACCCUCCUCAGCCACAACCUGGAUAUGCGUAUCAACAACAACCAGGCUAUGGUUAUCCUCCCCCACCACCCCCAGGGUACGCUGGGUACCCUCCACAACAACCAGGAUAUGGGUAUCCGCCAGUCCAGCAGCCACAACAAAAGCCAAAGAAGAAUGGACUUGGUAUGGGGUUGGGAGCUGGUUUGCUAGGAGGUGCACUUGGUGGGCUGUUGAUUGCGGAUAUCGCCUCCGACGCUGCUGGUGGAUGCGGUGGUGGAUGCGGUGGCGGUUGCGGUGGCUUUUGAUUGAUUUUGGCAUGGCAUAUAUUUCAUGUUUAUUACUUUUUAAUUGAAUGUAACCUUAUUGUAUUUGGUAAAGAAACAAAGCAGAAAUCUUCGAUAAGUUUCCGGAUUUGUUUUAUCUUUUGUAUAUUACCAAUAUACAAAAGAUAAUACAAUACUUUUGAAAGUUAAAAUCAGAAUGAGAUGUAAUAAUUAAAAAAAAAAACAAAAAAUAGAAGUCAACCCAACAUUGGAAAGGGAAGAAAGGUCAAAAUGUUGUGGGAGGAUGUUGUUGUGGAUGGAUCUUUUGUGAAGGGUAAAUGUGGAAAAAGUUAUCUUUUGUUGCUGUUGUUGUAGAACAAGUUUGAUUUUGAUGUAAUUGAGGAUGUUGUUGUUGA